UUAAGGCAGUUUAAGAACAGACGGUGCGGCAGGAAACCACAGUCAAUUGGGAAUUAAAAUUUUAGUUGCUCUCUUAACUUUUCACGACGGUUCUCAUCAUCUCCAGUUCGCAAAUAUUGUGGUCAACAGGUGACACUAGUUGACACAUUUGUUUUCUUUGUUUUAACAUUGAAAAAAGUCAAGCGUGGUUCAACUGUAAUGCGUGUUGGGGUUUAUGUGCAUCUCUCCUCUUGUCUGAACUUCAACUUCAACUUCAUCUACGACAGUUGUCACUUGUCGCUUCGAGAGUUCUUAUCCAAAGUAUAAGAGGUCUACUUGACAGUUACAAAGUAUUCACGCGACAACCUCGCCAUGUCCUCCGGUGAUGCCUCGGAGCAGAGUCGACGGUUCUGUGUGUUGUCGUGGGAGCAGGUGCAGCGACUGGACUCCAUCCUCGGGGAGAGCGUGCCAAUCCACGGACGUGGAAACUUCCCCACGCUCUCCGUGCAGCCCAGGCAGAUCGUCCAGGUAGUCCGGGCGCGACUGGAAGAACGGGGUGUCGUUGUCCGUGACGUGAAGCUGAACGGGUCAGCGGCGAGCCAUGUCCUCCACCAGGACACCGGCCUGGGCUACAAGGACCUGGACCUGAUCUUCGGCCUGAGUCUGACCGACGACAAGACCUUCCGCCUGGUCAAGGACGUGGUGCUGGACAGCCUCCUGGACUUCCUGCCGCACGGCGUGAGCCGCGACCGCAUCACGCCGCUCACCCUCAAGGAGGCGUACGUUCAGAAGAUGGUGAAGGUGUGCAACGACACUGACCGCUGGAGCCUGAUCUCGCUGUCCAAUAACACCGGCAAGAACGUGGAGCUCAAGUUCGUGGACUCUCUGCGGCGGCAGUUCGAGUUCAGCGUGGACUCCUUCCACAUCGCGCUGGACUCGCUGCUGCUCUUCGACCGCUGCUCCGAGACGGCCAUGUCUGAGAGCUUCCACCCGACCGUGCUCGGCGAGAGCAUGUACGGCGACUUCGAGGAGGCACUGGGCCACCUGCGCGGCAAGACCAUCGCCACGCGCAGCCCCGAGGAGAUCCGCGGCGGCGGCCUGCUCAAGUACUGCCACCUGCUGGUGCGCGGCUUCCGGCCGGCGUCCGAGACGCAGAUGAAGACCCUCCAGCGCUACAUGUGCUCGCGCUUCUUCAUCGACUUCCCCGACAUCGGCGAGCAGCAGCGCAAGCUGGAGGCCUACCUGCAGAACCACUUUGUGGGCAUGGAGCACAAGCGCUACGAGUGCCUGGUCAUGCUGCGGCGCGUGGUGGACGAGAGCACCGUGUGCCUGAUGGGCCACGAGCGGCGCCAGACGCUGGCGCUCAUCUCGGCGCUGGCGCUGCGGGCGCUGGCCGAGCAGAACGCCAUCCCAGCCGUGCCCAGCAUCACCUGCUACUACCAGCCGGCGCCCUACGUGCGGGACGUCAACUUCAGCAACUACUACGUGGCCCACGUGCACUCGCCAAUGCAUCACUGCAGCAGCAGCUACCAGACAUGGCUGCCCUGCAGCUGAGCAGACGGACUACGGACACGGGAGAGAGAGAGAGAGAGAGGGAGAAGAAAAUGACAGAACGGAGAGAGAGAAAAUACAGAAAAAAAGGGAUAGACAGGAAGUGUGUGCUUGUAUGUGAGUGUGUGUGUGUUUGUUAUGUGUGUUUAUGUAUGUGUUUGUCUUUUUGUGUGUGUGUGUGUGUUUGUUAUGUGUGUUUAUGUAUGUGUUUGUCUUUUUGUGUGUGUGUGUGUGUGUGUGUGUGUGUGUGUGUGUGUGUGUUUAUGUGUGUGUGUUUAUGUAUGUGUGUUUGUCUUUGUGUGUGUGUGAGAGAGAGAUGAAGAAAAGCAGAAUAGAAUGCUUUGAAGCUAUUAGUGUGCGUCUUGUGUAUAGAGGGGUCAUGUUAGGGGAUUCAGUCCAUGUGUAGCAAUGUGGAACUAAAUUAUGGGACCAAAUGAGGACUAGGACAAGAAAGAUAAAAAAAAAAAAGAAAAAGAAAGAAAUCUAAAUUACGUUUUUCUUGCCAAAAUCUUCAUGUGUCACCCACCCCACUAAGUUAUGAAAAUGAACACUGCUGUAAAUUAGUUUCGAGCCAUUGUUUUGGUGUUUGUUGUUUCUUUCUUCAUGUUCUCCUAAGAUGUUGUGAUGUACAGAAAGAAAACAAACAAGUGAAUGACCCAGUGACGGGUGCAAAGGGACAAAGUUGACGCACUUUCUUCCUGCCUUCUGGAUAUGUGUUCUAAUGUUAAUCAACAUGUAUCAGUUGCUUUAGCAAAUGUAUAUAAGUUGUAUUAUUCUAUAGUUCGCUCUGUCUUUGAGCGAAAGAAGACAGGUCAGAGGACCGAGCUCUGUUCUGACUGUGGUUGCAUUUAAAACGUCUUUUUUAUUUUAUUUGAAGAACUGAGGACCAAAGAAUUUUCCUUGUAAAAUUGGAAUGUUGCUUUUGUCGCCUCCCCAAGUGCCUGAAACCGACCAACCGACAUGAGAAACUGUGUACAUUAUUUGUAUGUAAAUUAAAAACAGUCUCAAAUUUUCAACCCUC